AUGAAGAAGAAUGACAAACUUAGAGUUUGUGUGGAUUUUCGCAAUUUAAAUAAUGCCACUACAAAAGAUGAAUAUCCAAUGCCUGUGGCCGAUCAACUUAUUGAUUCGGCCGCUAAGCAUGAAAUAUUGUCUUUUAUGGACGGCCAUUCAGGUUAUAAUCAAAUCUAUUUAGCCGAGGAAGAUAUUCAUAAAACGGCUUUUAGAUGUUCUCGGUCAAUUGGUACUUUUGAGUGGAUUGUGAUGCCAUUUGGCCUAAAAAAUGCUGGGGCUACUUAUCAAAGGGCAAUGAACUCUAUCUUUCAUGAUAUGAUUGGCCGAUUCAUGGAAAUUUAUAUAGAUGAUGUAGUUGUGAAAUCAUCGGCCAAGAGACAGCAUUUGGAACACUUGAAAAGGGCCUUUGAAAGGAUGAGGAUUCACAAAUUGAAAAUGAACCCAUUGAAGUGUGCAUUUGGAGUUUCAGCCGGGAAUUUCUUGGGGUUCUUAGUACACAAACGAGGUAUUGAAGUUGAUCAGAACAAGGUUAAAGCUAUUAUAAAUGCUAGGGCCCCAGCCAACAAAAAACAAGUGCAAAGGUUCCUCGGCCAGAAGGCCUUUGACAAAAUAAAAGAGUAUUUGGCAAACCCCCCGGUUGUAAUGCCUCCAAGAAAGAAGUGGCCGUUAAAGCUUUAUUUAUCGGCCGCAGAAGAAUCAAUUGGUAGUAUGCUCGCACAAGACAAUGAACAUGGAAAGGAACAGGCUGUCUACUACCUGAGUAGAGUACUAAUUGAUGUAGAAUGUAGAUAUUCCUCAAUUGAGAAGCUUUGUUUAUCUUUGUACUAUUCGGCCAUGAAGUUGAGAGUAUACAUGCGGCCUGUUGAUGUUUACAUUCUUUGUCAGACUAACGUGAUCAAGUAUAUGCUAUCAAGGCCAUUGAUCACUGGCGGAAUAGCUAUAUUCUUAACUCCUUGGAUCUUGAUAUUUGAUGGAUCAAGCACGGCUGAUGGAGCAGGAGCAGGUAUUGUUAUUAUUUCGCCAGCUGGCAGAAAGGCUUCAUUCUCUUUCUUUUUAGAUUUUAAAUGUUCAAAUAAUCAGGCCGAAUAUGAAGCGCUUAUAAUCGGCCUGGAGAUUUUAAUUGAAAUGGCUUUCUGGCCGAGAGGGCAGAAUAAGGAGGCCAACAGCAUGGCCCAAGCAGCCUCUGGAAUAAGAGUACCAGCCGGAAUAGAAGAUCAGUUGAUAAAGAUAACACGAAGAUCUUUGCCAUUGGCCGAAUUGAGAAAUACUAUGUUGUUUGAUACUUGGACAAUUGAUGUAGAAGAUUUGGCCGAUGAUGACUGGAGGAUACCAUUUAUAAUGUUUCUUCGAAAUCCAAACAUCAAGGCUGAUAGAAGUAUUAAAAGAAAAGCGAUCAACUUUGUGCUUCUAGAUGGGGAUCUAUACAAAAAAGGGUUAGAAGAUGGGCUCCUACUACAAUGCAUAAACAAGGAGGAAUCACUUCAGGUUAUGGCCGAGGUACAUGAGGGCAGCUGUGGGGCUCACCAAGCUGGGAUUAAAAUGAGAUGGCUGAUUCGUAGGUAUGGAUAUUAUUGGCCGAGGAUGAGGAAAGAUUACAUAGAUUACUCAAAAGGUUGUCAAGCUUGUCAAAGACACGGGCCGAUUCAAAAUGUACCAGCAAAAGAAUUACAGCCAAUAAUCAAACUUUGGCCAUUCAGAGGUUGGGGCCUUGACCUUAUUGGUAAAAUUAAUCCACCAUCAAGCGAAGGCCAUCACUGGGUGAUUGUUGCCACAGAUUAUUUUACUAAAUGGGUUGAGGCCAAGGCUUGCAAAGCGGUUGAUCAGCAAACAGUGAAUAAUUUCAUGGAACAAAACAUCAUCCACAGAUUUGGGAUUCCAGAAACACUUGUUUCAGAUAAUGCAACAGUAUUUAGGGCAACUGAUGUAUUACAAUUCGGCCACAACAUGAAUAUUCAUAUGUCAGCCUCUAUGCCAUACUAUGCUCAAGUUAAAUCAGCCAGAGUUGCUUUUCAAAAUAAUCUAACUCCAGCUGAUUAUACUCAAGUAAUGUUGGUAGAAUUGGAAGAUUUGGAUAAAGUUAGAAGGGAUGCUUUGGAUCAUAUCAUAGCUCACAAGAAGAAGGUGAUGAGGAUCUACAACAAGAGGGUAAAACCUAAGUCUUUUGCUGAAGAAGAUUUGGUUUGGAGAGUUGUUUUGCCAGUGGGUAAAGUCGAUAAGAAAUAUGGGAAGUGGUCCCAAAAAUGGGACGGGCCAUACUUAGUCCAUCAAGUCUUAAGUGGAGGAGCAUAUAGGCUGAAGUAUUUCAGUGGCCGAUUACAUGACUACCCCAUUAAUGGCAAGUACCUCAAGAGGUACGUACCGGCAAUCUUUGAAAGGGAAAAUUAG